UCAGAAGAUUCAAUCCCUAUCUCUACCCCAGUAUGACACCAUAAUGCAGCUCUGACAUAUGCUUGUUCCUCUGUUGUCACAUAAUCAGAACCCUCAAGUCCUUCAGCAGUGGUUCCCAGCACUAACAGUACCUUCAAUGUAAAAAUGUGCCUAUUUGCGGUCACUUCUACCACCAGCUGCAGCAACAGAGCUUGAGCUGCAAGGAAAACACAGUGCUUACUAUCAAGAGUGUUUGUCUCUAAUACUCUGUCAAACCAUGGUGGACUACUAUGAAGUUCUAGGAGUGCAGAGAUAUGCGUUACCAGAGGACAUUAAAAGAGCUUACCGUAAAGUGGCACUUAAAUGGCAUCCUGAUAAAAAUCCAGAAAAUAAAGAAGAAGCAGAGCGAAAAUUCAAAGAAGUCGCCGAGGCAUAUGAAGUAUUAUCAAAUGGUGAAAAACGGAACAUUUAUGACAAAUAUGGCAAAGAAGGAUUAAAUGGCAGAGGUGGAAGUCAUCUUGAUGAUGAAUAUGAGUAUGGCUUCACAUUCCGUAAGGCAGAUGACGUCUUCAAAGAGAUUUUUGGUGAAAGGGACCCAUUUUCAUUUCACUUCUUUGAAGACUCACUUGAGGACCUUUUGAGCAGUUCGAGCUCUAGUGGAAGCAGAAGCAGAGGCACCGGAUCCCUUUUCUCUUGUUCGUAUGACCACCCAGUGUUUGCCAAGCUUUCUUCUUAUGACACAGGAUAUACGUCUUAUGUUUCACUGGGGCAUGAGGGCCUUACUUCAUUCUCUUCCCUGGCAUUUGAUGACACUGGGAUGGGCAAUUACAUAACCAUCACACCUUCAGGCAGAAUUGUUAAUGGAAGGAACAUCAAUACAAAGAAAACCUUUGAGAACUAUCAAGAAAGAGAAGCUGAGGAUGAUGGUGAGUUGAAAUCCUUUCUUCCAAAUAGUGUGGCAGAUGAAGAGGGUUUUGCAGAAAAACGACACUGGAGAAGACAGUCGCUCAACAACUAUUCACCAAACUCUUACUGCCCCCCAAACAUAUCUCAAUAUACCAUUGUGGACAACAAUGAACAAGGUAUACCUGGUGUCACCAGCAAGAAGGAGCCUUCCAUUUUCUCAGCAGGAUUCAAAGAAGGUGGUAGGAGAAAAAAGAAGAAGCACAAAGAGGGGCAGAAGAAGAAGUCAAACAAAAGGAAUCACUAAUUGCCUCUUCAGACACAUUAUGAUCAUAUAACAUUUAAACACCACUCUUUUGUGUGUUUUGGUUAAUCACAGAGUUUCAUAGACAAUAUUUGUUAAUACUAUGUAAGAGUAGGUGGGGGUCUUUUGGUUUUGUUUUGUUUUUGUGUGUUUUUGAGACAGGGUCUCAACUAUGUACCCUAGGCUGGCCUGGAACUUGCUACAGAGACAAGGAUGACUUCAAACUCAUAGAGAUCUGCCCAUCUUUGCCUCUCAGUUGCUGAGAUUGAAGGUGUAUACUACCAUACCUGGCUUGAAAUUUUUUUUUUACAGGAUUAUGGACAUUUGGUCAGUAGUUAUGUGAAUAAGUUAUAUCAGAAAAGGAUGAAUUUUAAACUGUUAUUUUAAAACUAUGGGAAACUACAAA